AGGGGAAGAUGGUGACACGGACAGAGGGGCAGAUCGACGACGCGCUGAUUGGCGGCAAUGCCUCAGCUGAGGGCCCCGACGGGGAGGGCUCAGAAGCCACUGUGGUCACCGGCGUGGAUAUUGUCAUGAACCACCACCUGCAGGAGACCAGCUUCACCAAGGAGUCCUACAAGAAGUACAUCAAGGACUACAUGAAGGCAAUCAAAGCCAGACUUGAGGAACACAAGCCAGAAAGAGUAAAGCCUUUUAUGACUGGGGCUGCAGAACAAGUCAAACACAUCCUCGCAAACUUCAAAAACUACCAGUUUUUUGUAGGUGAAAACAUGAAUCCAGAUGGCAUGGUGGGUCUCCUGGACUUCCGUGAGGAUGGCGUGACACCCUUUAUGAUUUUCUUUAAGGAUGGUUUAGAAAUAGAGAAAUGUGUAAGUAAUAGAAUUGGACUUGUUAAGACUGUUAGCCAUUCAAGCCUUCCCUUAUCUGCUGAAAUACAUAUCCACUUUCAGUUAGUUUGCAAGACUAAAAUCAUUCACUUGGAAUUGCUAUCCAUGUCAGCACCAUUAGCAUAUAGUGGUUAGAGGCUGAAGAGUUUG